GUGAAAAAACGAAUACUCUACAGUCACCGCGCGCCCCCCAUAGUAUACCAAUCUUUGCUUGUGUGCGAAACCUUACACCUUCCUUCACAGCCCGCCGCCCACAGGAGAACCUUCUUAGCGCCGUGCCGCUCUGCGGCAGCGGCUUCGUCCAGACCGCGCUUCAUUCCAGAUGGCACCAGGCCUUUGGAAUCUGCAAGUUGUCCCAGCAGGUUCUCGAUUACGACGAGCUCUCUGUAGGCUUCACCGCCCAGCAUCUCGGCCACCCCCCGGUCCGAAGUGGCACGAGUCGAGAGUCGAGAGCCCGGACGCUUUGCUGCCACGACACCAGCGCAUCCGCAAACUCUCGUCCUGUCUUCUCCACCGCCAGAGUAUGUUCUCCUGGCGUUUACUCAAUGUUGGUUUUGAAGUAUUGCUCCCGGCCGUAAGCAUAGCUGCCGCCGUAACACCGAAGCUGGUUUUCGAGGUGGACGUUAGUGUGCAGUCCCUCGCGCAAGAUGAUAUCAAACAGGUUCUUAAAUCAUUGAGUGGGCGGCACGGCGUACUCCUUCAGUAUAUUAAUGUUAGGAUUGAGAAGCUGCGGUAUAACAUCUCCGCAAACCUUCUUAGGAUUCUACUCCUCUUUUUUGCAGCAUGCUUCUAGCAAAUCUUCCCCCUUUUCGGCAAGACCCAGGGUUAGACAAUGGUCAACGAUGGCCAUAGAAUGCUUGAGAGGCCCCGAGGAUGGCGGCGAGGCGGGAUUGGUGGUUCUCGAAUGGCGACUAGA